AUGGACUUAAAAGACCACAGAACUCCCCCUGCCCCCGGCUCUCUUCCGGGCCAAGCCCAAGAUGGGAACUCGAACGAGCAACUCCAGAGGUCUCUCUCUUAUGCCACGACGAGCACCCAACUCACUCGUGCUCUGAAUGCUUACUAUAAGCAUACUAGCAUACGAUACAACCUAGAAACAGGACUCAACGAAAGUGUCCACAGCUACCAUUCCAUCAAUGUGAUCCUGGACACAACCAGCAACCGGACCAAAAACUAUGGAUGUGCGGUGUGCGAGCGUCAGUUCAGCUCUUUGCUAGCUGUCAACCAGCACAUGGACGUGAAGGGCCACUGGCCCGGGCAGUUACAGCGUCCACAGCCCGCUCCACCUGGCUCUCAAUCUAUGGGCAUUGCGGCCCCAGAACAGUUGUGGCCUGAAGAGGCGUUGCCUGCUUUGCCCAACAUGCAACAUGAUUCUAUCGACGUGAAGGAUCAAUAUAACCCAGAAACAGGCGUUCACUUCACGGGGUGGUUUCCGUGCGAGAUGUGUGAUCGUCUGUUCAGCACCCAGCAAGGUGCUAACCAACACAUGGAUGUUAAGGAACACUGGCGCCAGCACCAAGAUCAGCAACGCAUUCACACACACACUAGCACCAGCAUCGGACCAAACACGAGCAUACGCCCUCACAUGCGCGCAGGCAUCAGACCCCCGAGAUAUGCAAGACCAGUGGCAGCAGUCAUAUCCUUCAAAUGCGAUAGUUGUGAGCGUGUUUUCAACACCGAGGACGGAGUCAUCCAGCACAUGGCUGUCAAGGCUCACUGGCGUAUCUUUGGAUGCGAUCUCUGCUAUCUUGAGUUUCGGACUCGGGGCCAGCUGGAGCGACACAUUGCCACCCAUGACUCUUCGGAGCCGGAAAUAAAGCGUCAACCAGAUGUCCCUUUCGAGAGAGAUAUCCCUUGUGAGAUAUGCCAUCUGGUAUUCCCCACUGCAAGUGAUGCAGAUAAGCACAUGGCCGAGGUGCAUUUUUGCAAGGAGUGCGGUGGGCUGGUCACAGAUACGAACACGCACAUGGAAUGUUCGAUGCUCGCUGGCAGUACGUUGAGUUUGCCGCAUGGAGUGGCGCUCACCCUUAGCUCUUUCAAGCUAAAGAGAGCGCUCGAGUUUCCCAAACAGAUUGAAACUCAAGUUGAACUGGACACAAUGCCGAUUCCUGGUCUGGACUCUCAUUUUAAAUGA